GAAGACAGACUGCACACCCGCUGAUGCAGACACUUCAUCUUCGUUCACAACACUUUUAGACCUGCAGAGAAACUCAGAUACAGCCGUGGAGUCAGCAUCUGAAGCGUAUUUCUCUUCUUUUUGAGGACAUCAUGCGCUGGAUGUUAGCUGGAUGGUGGGGGCUUGUUUUAAUCAGUCUGUCAGUUGCUGAUAACAAGACACUGCAGAUCAGACAGAAACCCCGCUUCUAUGGUGUGGCAGUUAAAAGCAGUGUGCACAUUUACUGUUUAUCCUCACGACAAGAUAAUUCUACUGUGAAGUGGUUCAAGGCCAACAAGAUCGGAGACGAGCAAACACCGCUAUCGACUUUGAUAGAUGACGACAUUCGUUUCCAAAUGGCCUAUCUUUACAUCAACAACAUACAAAUGAGGCACAGUGGUGUGUACUACUGCAAGAUAAAUGAAACACAGGGACCCGGAACCGAAGUAAAAGUUUUCAGACCCGUUGUGAUGGAAAAGGCACUCUACAGGAGCAAUGUGAAGGACGGUCUUAUUGUGUUCCAGGGUUUUCUUUUAGCUGUGUUCAUUGCUGCUGUGUUGCUACGUAAACAAAAACUGGUGAGGCACACGAUGAACAAAACUCGAGGCAAAUGUGUGCUCCAAAAAAAGAUUUUGUGCAGAACUUGCAUAACAAAUCUUCAGCAGAAAGCAGGGUUUUUUGGAUCAAGAAUUUUUUUUAAAAAUAUUUAUUUCAGGAAAACUUAGAGGUUUUUCUUUAGAAGCAGGGAAAAGAAAUGACAAGGCUGUAGAGAAAAAUAAAUGCAUUUAGUAUGAUUAAACUCACAACAGAAAGGCUUUCUAACUGAUCAUUUCGCUUUGCUUAAUGUGUAUGCAACGUGGUGCACUGAGUAAAAUGCUUUGUAUCCCAGUGGCGAAGGCAACAGCUUUACAUUGACUUUUCUGUAAACAUACUAACAGUCCAAAAGCAAAAGAAAGGCAGCAAAUCAUCUAAUUAAGAAGACAGUCGAUCAACAGUAGCUCAAAUAUCAUAGCUGCUGCCUGAUCAUUUUCUAAAUUGUAUCAUAUAUAUAGAACAUGCUUUGUUAUCUCAUUUUGUGAUUUGCUCAAUAAAAUGCACAUAUAAAUGUUGCUGUUGCAAAACAGAAGCUGGCUUUUUGUCAAGACGCUAGCUUAGUUUAUACUUAAAAAGAAGCUAGCUGUUAAGAUUUCUGACAUGUUGAAAUUAUAAGUACCUGAUUACUAAGGCGCCAGCCAGAUACCAAUCAGUGCCAAUCUAGAUUAGGCAUUCCCACUAUACUGUAAAUGGCUGCAUUUCAUCCAGGUGCUCAUGAGAUAGCUAUUGAGCUACACAGCUAAAAUAACUAUUUACACCUGCUUCAUAUAUGUCUGAAAUUAAAUUAAAACAAUACCUAUGUCUUUAAAAUUUUCUGAAAAGUAAGCCAGUUUUACCUAUACAACACUUUUUCAGAAUCUGAAUUGCCUGAAAUCAAAGUUGUCAAUGCCAUAAAGUGUCUUAGAAUGUUUCGACGUCCUUAAUACACACACGAAUCCAUUUACUUUAAAUAAAACCUGUAAUAAAAAAAAAAAAAAGAUCAGUAUUGCCAGAGGGAACAUGUGCACCCCAAGAUAUAAACGUUUUUGGGCUACAGCUCCGUAGGCCUUCAUUCAUUCUAUGUUGUAACCAGCACCUACGAAACUGGAAGUGGAGAUAAUAGCAGGUUUCAAAUAGACGUAUUAGAUAAGAGGUUCUCUAACAUUCCAAAAAUUACCAAAGGUGUAUAUUAAUAACUGACAGUGAUUUCCACCAAUAGUUAAAAAAGAAAAUCCAUACAUUUUAUUAAAAUAGUACUUAGUUUAAUUCUAUAUAUGAAGUUAGAUCUAGUUUUUGAGUUAUCACAGUGUUAGCUACAAUUAUGUUGCCAUUUAAUAGGUUAAUCGUUUUCUACAAACAUUUAUUUAGCUUUUGUCUUUAUAACACAGGAAAGCAACUGCAACUGUAUUUUUUUUAAUAUAACCUACAACCAAACUCGCUUUAGUGAUUUUCACUACAGUUAUUUGAGUUGUCCGAUGCUUACAACACCUACUUCCACAUUACUGCAAAAAGACAAAUUUUGAAAAAAAAAAGAAAACAAAACUUUAAAUAUCAUUUUAAUUUAUUUUAUUGUGUGUUAUGUGCGAUGUGUCUCUAAAUAAGAUGGUACCAGCUCUUUAACUGCAUUCAUUCUCCCCACCCACACCCCCAUUUCCUUUU